AAAAAGAAGACAAUAAAGCAAAUUUAAAGUUUGCUCUGUGUGGACAAAAGAAACUUUUUCCUGCCCAAUCUCAUUCUUGUGCACUUAUUUUAUUCUUUAUAUAUAAUUAUACACUCUAGUACAUUUAUUUCCCUUCUGCUUCUUAUCUGCGGAGCACUUCUCCCACAAAUGGCUAGAGUAGCAGGAAUUUUCCUGUGUCUCCUGAUUUUAAUCAUGGAUGUUGCAGCUGGGAUUCUUGGCUUCGAGGCUGAAAUAGCACAAAACAAGGUUAAGCACUUAAAAUUGUGGAUAUUUGAGUGUAGAGAGCCAAGUCAUCAAGCCUUCAUGUUGGGGUUGGGUGCAGCAGUGCUUUUGGGACUAGCUCAUGCUAUAGCCAACUUGCUUGGGGGCUGCAAUUGCAUUUGUUCUCAACAAGAGUUUGAGAAGGCUUCCUCCAAUAGACAAAUCUCAACAGCUUGCCUUAUUUUAACUUGGGUUGUGUUGGCCAUUGGAAUGUCCAUGCUGGUGAUAGGGACCAUGUCAAACAAUAGGUCAGAUGGAUCCUGUGGUUUCUCACACCAUCACUUCCUGUCCAUUGGUGGGAUCUGUUGUUUUGUUCAUGGCCUAUUCUCUAUUGCAUAUUACGUUUCUGCCACUGCCUCAAUGGAUUAAUUAGUGAGUAAGAAAAGCAUCUUAGUGAGUAAGAAAAUGCUUUAGUGCUUUUGGAGCUUUCCCAAAAUGUUGCUUUGCAAAAUGUGUAGAAAGAAGACUUUUCAUGCUUCUUGUACUAGAAAAGGGAAACAUGAGACCCUUUUUCAGAUGACCAAACUACCCUCUCCAAUGACUUGUAUCAUUAUCAUAGUUUAGUUUAUAUAAUUAAGUUGUUUUUAUUUAGCCCAUAGGCCAUUGCCAUUGAAUUUGAUGUCACACUGCCUUAGAUAAAUUAAUCAGAAAUUAGUUAGUUGCUAUA